AUGGACCGGCCGCGGCGGGAAAUCCUGGGGAAGAGAGCGCAGCGCGUCGCACUACCUGAAGAGGCAGUCGAGGCAAGCGGGAGAAGAGUGUCCAGGAGAACGAGAGCGAAGACCGAGGCCAAUGAGACGAAACAGCGCUCAACAGCCACCAGGCCUGAGCCCUGGACGACACGACUACGAAGCGGACUCUUGACGCCUCAGACGAGCAAUCCCAGCGAGAAAGAUGUCGCCUCAGAUAACAACACCCUCACCCGCUGCCCUCCAAACACAUUUCCCUUUAUGAAGCUUCCCGCCGAACUUCGCAUCAACGUCUACCAUAAAGCCCUUGUCCGCGACGAACCGCUCAUCCUCCACGCUGAACGUGCCCCCGACAAAUCCGACGACGAAGCCGCCCCAAGCAACAGCAGUAACAGCAACCAGGGCCGCAAGAGCAAUAGCAAUCACAGCAGCAAUAGCAACAACAACAACAACAACAACAACAAGACACUCUGGCCGCGACCACCCCCACGACCCCAACCCCGCCCCGUCCCGCGAACCCCCAGCGCCAUCCCGGAACGACGGCCCCUCCGCGACCCCAUCUCCCCCCAACUCCUGCGCGUAAACAGCGUGAUAUACAAAGAAGCUCGACAAGUGCUCUACAGCGACAACGUCUUCACUCUCAGCCUCCUCAGCGGCAUACACACCCUCUCAACCCUACACCAGCGCUCCCGCAGCCUCAUCAAACACGUAACCCUCACCAUACCCUCACACCACGACAUCCUGGACGGCUUCGCCGACCUCGUCCGCCUCGGACUGCGCUACUGCUGGGGCCUCAAGACCUUUAGAAUCGUCCUCCACGCCAGCCUGCCAGAUUAUGGCGGCGUCAGCGGCGCCACGAGCGUCUAUGCGAAUGCGUUUCAUAUCCUCAGGUGGCUGCCCCGCGGCUGUAGUGUUGUCCUCGAGGGAAAUGUGAGUGAGAGUGUGAGGCGGGUGGUGGCGGAGGAGGGCAGGCUGCAGAAUAUGCUGGAUGAGACGAGUUAUUUGAGGAGGCAGCAUCAGAUGCCUGAGCGGCAUUAG